CAGUAGCAGCAACAGCAAUCACAGAGCUUCACCGGGUAGCCUUUGCUGCAGUACGCUGAUUACCACUUUCUUAGCAUCCGGCAAGAUUCCACAGCAGCAAGCACUUGGAGCAGACUCUGCAUGGGAGCUUGUUUAAGGAGUACGUGACUAAAGAAUUGGGUUAUUCUUUCGCUGCAGGAGAAGUGCCUGUAGUUUCUCCACACAGACCCCCUCCUGGGUUUUUUGCAUUCUUAAUUUAUUGGAGCUUUUGUCCCCCUUUCUAUUAUUAAUUAUUAUUAUUAUUUUUUAUUACUUAUUUAUUUAUUCAUCCCCCAAAUCUGUGCUGCAUCACUAGCUCUCAUUAUGCUGUGCUCAGUAGCCCAGUCUGUUCUCCGCCUCUGCUAGGCAGUGGCAGCAUGGAUGGUGCUCUUGUGACGACCUCUGCUGAUUCUAUCAGUCCACUGCGGAUAGGCAUGCUGAGUAAUCCUGCUGUAAAUGGGCGAGGACACGGACACACGAAAAAUUAACCACAGCUUUCUUCGAGACCACAACUAUGUGACUGAAGAUACUACUUGCUGGCUGCAGAGUGUGUGGAUUCAUCUUCCUUCUGGAGCCUGAAACAGGUCACCACUAGAAAACCUUACAGUCAACCUGGCCCUGCAGAGAACAUGGAAGGGGAGAGCAUCUACGAGGUUGAUUCUGAAGAUGGGGUUGGAGCUGAUAUUAUUUCUACAGUUGAGUUCAAUCACACUGGAGAACUACUGGCUACUGGGGACAAGGGAGGUCGGGUUGUUAUAUUCCAAAGGGAACCUGAGAGUAAAAAUGAGCCUUACAAUCAGGGGGAGUACAAUGUUUACAGCACGUUCCAGAGCCAUGAGCCUGAAUUUGAUUAUUUGAAGAGUUUGGAGAUAGAGGAAAAAAUUAACAAAAUCAAGUGGCUACCACAGCAGAAUGCAGCUCACUCCCUUCUGUCAACCAAUGAUAAAACUAUCAAAUUAUGGAAAGUUACUGAACGAGAUAAGAGACCAGAGGGAUACAACUUAAAAGAUGAAGAAGGGAAACUUAAAGAUCUGUCUACCGUAACAUCACUACAGGUGCCUGUAUUGAAACCUAUGGAUUUGAUGGUAGAAGUCACCCCCAGAAGAAUCUUUGCUAAUGGUCACACCUAUCAUGUCAACUCAAUUUCUGUCAACAGCGACUGUGAGACAUACAUGUCAGCUGAUGAUCUCAGGAUUAAUCUCUGGCACCUAGCAAUCACAGACCGGAGUUUCAACAUUGUAGAUAUAAAGCCAGCCAACAUGGAGGAUCUGACAGAAGUGAUUACUGCAUCCGAGUUUCAUCCCCACCAUUGCAAUCUCUUUGUCUACAGCAGCAGCAAAGGAUCCUUGAGACUCUGUGACAUGAGGGCAUCAGCCCUCUGUGACAAACAUUCCAAACUUUUUGAAGAACCGGAAGACCCCAGUAACAGAUCGUUUUUUUCAGAAAUUAUCUCUUCAGUGUCAGAUGUUAAAUUCAGUCACAGUGGCCGAUAUAUGCUAACAAGGGAUUACCUCACUGUCAAAGUCUGGGAUCUGAACAUGGAAACAAAGCCUAUAGAAACAUAUCAGGUCCAUGAUUACCUUAGGAGCAAGCUGUGUUCCCUUUAUGAAAAUGACUGCAUCUUUGACAAGUUUGAAUGUGCAUGGAAUGGAUCAGACAGUGUUAUUAUGACAGGGGCAUAUAACAACUUCUUUCGAAUGUUUGAUCGAAACACCAAGCGGGAUGUUACCUUGGAGGCAUCCCGGGAGAGCAGUAAGCCACGAGCCAUUCUAAAACCUCGCCGAGUCUGCGUAGGGGGCAAGCGAAGGAAGGAUGACAUCAGUGUCGACAGUUUGGACUUUACUAAGAAGAUCUUGCACACAGCCUGGCACCCAACUGAGAACAUAAUUGCUAUAGCAGCGACAAACAAUCUGUACAUAUUUCAGGAUAAAGUGAACUCAGAAAUGCACUAGACCUAUCCAUAUCUUUCUGUAUUUAUAAACCAGCCUUUUGAGAGUUGUAGAAGGACAUGAUCUUCACAAAAGCAUGGUCAUUGUGGUGGAAUUUGUAGAUUCCCUCCCUUCACCCCUCAGUCUGUAUCAUGGUUGGUGGCAACCAACUGUUUUAAAUCACUGCAACUGUAUAAUUGUCUCAGUAAAAAGGCACUACUGUGAAGUCA